CAAAACGAAACUUCAAAUUUCAAGUCACAUUUUGACAUCGUGACAUGAACAAUCAAAACAACGUUGAUUUCUAAUUAAACCAAAUGUUCACAUAACGCAUCUAAAUUCAAGUGCUUUACAAUACGAAUUCCCAAACAAACAUUCGGUCUAAAUUAUGAAUUGAGUUUUAAUUUGUGAUACUUAUAAAGCCUGUCCGAAAAUUAUUGAAUCGUGAACCAUGGCGUUGGAUCUAGUUAGUAUUGCGCAGCCCCAUUACAUACCUGGGUACACAGGUCACUGUCCCGAAUAUAAGUACCGAAUAGGGGACACGUAUGGCUCCACGACGCACAAGAUCCUGCUGGACCCCAGCGUGCAGCAUUCGGAGAGGCUCGUCCUUUCCGACAGGACAGCUGAUGAUUUCCAGAUAUUUCGCCCGGCACAGUCUGACAUAGACUCCGUGAAUGCCAGGUUCCGCAACGGCGAUCCAGUUUACAAACAUCCUAUGAUCCCCGGGUAUGAAGGGUUUCUACCAAGGCUGAAUGGUCAUUUUGGACAACGUUAUACUGUAUCGGCGACAGAAGCGAUGUCAGAGUUCCAGAAGUUACAGCUGAACCAACGGGCAGCUAGGAAUCAGUUGGAGCGUGUUGUCGACCUACAAGCUGGAAAAGGACAACCUUGGGACUUGGUAGACCGAUUUUCGGCUACGGCAGAGUUCAAGUUACCCUUGGUCGUGGUUCGGCCUGAAUGUGCAGGCAUACUGAGAGAUCUACCCAUGGAUGAGGCAAAACUAUCCCCAGCAUCACACUCGAUCAGCCCAUACUUCAUGGAAAACGACGAUCCCAACAAAUUUAUCAAAAAAGGUUUUUCUGGCCAUGUUCCCUAUGGUUUUCAACGUUUUGGGGAGUCUUCAAAGAAACUUACGAAUUCUGCACUCUGCGACUUUUCUUCUAAUUACAGACGAAGACAGAGUACUGAAUGGGCCCCAGUAAAUGUAGUUAAACCCGAUCCUCCCCUGUCAAUCAAACCGACGGAACUUUACCACAAGCACGUGGGUAUGCUGCCUAACUACGCUGGGCACGUCCCGGGAUCCGUGUUUAGAUUUGGAAAAACGUACGGCAAUGACACUCGGGAUGCGAAACGAUGGUUGCGAGGAGACUUCUCAUGAAGAUGCUGCUAGUGAGUGCUUGGUUCGGAAGCUACUUUUGUAAUCAUGAAAUAUGAGAAACCAAAAGUGACACAUGCCUUUAGAAGAUGAAAUUUUGGAAACUCUACUUUUAUCGUGAACCAGUAUGUCAAUAAAACGAACAACAAUUAACAUAAUAUUGCUUUAUUGUUCUUUGAGAAUAAGGCGCCUUAUUCCAAACCUGGACUAAAGUUAGUCUUGGUUUAAACCUAAUAUUGUCUCUGUCUUCUUUUUAGCAAAGAAAAGUGACAGCAGUUUAAGUCCAGGUUUAACUUUAGUCUAUGUUUUGUAAUAAGGCGUGAGGUGUUUAGCCUCGGCAGCGUAUUUUUAAUACACAAUUUUACAUUAAAAAUAUUAAUUCAUUCAUGUAAUUAUUGAUUUAUACAUUAAUGGUAUUUUAUAAUCUGUAAAUGGGCCUGUUUAAUGUCUUACUGAUAAACUACCUGAAAGGAUGUCCGGAGUCGUGAUGUGUAGAGUCAGCUGUUUUUGGUAUUCAUAAAAAAAUAAUCGAGUUGGGACUCGAGUCAGAAAACUCGGACAGGUUUUUGAGUACUAGCACAAGAAGGUAUUCGAAUACUUCAGUGGACUCGAGUACUUUUUGUAUUGAACAUUAUGGUUUGCUUUUGACAAGAGAACUCCAACUAAAACUUCAAUUUAGAGAUUGAAAAUACAAUCCUAAGAAAGAAAUACUUCUAAAUAUUAUUUUAUUUCUUCUAAAUACUAAAUAGAAAAAUCAUAUGAUUCCUUAUUAAAUAUCAAUAAGAUUAGACUCAAACGGGUUUUAUUACCCGAUGGCGCAAUGCAGAAGCGCGACGCGCAGACAGGGUAUAUUAGUGUUACAGUGGUGUCGAUUCUGGCAUGAUUCUCUAAACCUAAACUUAAUUUGACAACACUGUAUCCUUGUCAUUCUCUAUACAGAAUGAACAGGAAAGCCUAAAAAUGUUAAAAUUUGUUUUAAGUUUUGAGAAUCAUGCCAGAAUCGACGCCAUUGUAUACUUGGGUAAUAGGGUAUUUGACAAGAUUCUGAAAACGACCACACGUUAUUUACUUAUGUUUAUGCAGUCCAUAGACACAAAAGUGGAUAUUUAUCAUUCUGUUCUGUAUUUCAGUAAAAAUAACUAAAUCAAAAACGCCAUUUUCAUGUUUCCGCAAAAACGUUUCAGUGGGACAAUAUGGUAUCUAAUUUGUAUGUGACGUCACACGACUGUCAUUAAAACGUCAAAUGAUAUAAUGUAACGUCACAUUAACCGGAUGUUUACUAGUGUGUGGCGUCAUUUUAGGCUCCGUAGGCUCAAUCCCAGGCGUUUUCAGUCACGUGACAAUAGAUAAGAAAACUUACAUUUUUCGUGGGUUUAUAGGAAAAUUAUGAUUUUUUUUUCUGUAAAAAUAGUAAAAUAUUCUAAAUACAGAUGAUAGAAAUUGGCAUUUUAUUUUUAAUACUGUCAAAUACCCUAUUGCCAUUUCAUAAUAUAGAGAACAUUAUCGGAAUCGUCACUAAAUGUUCAAUGUAACUGGUUGUCCCGAAAUUUAGGAUAAGUAUACAUUAAAAAAACAACUUCUAUGCAGAAACAAAAUUAAUGCUCUUGCAAUGCCAACCAAAUAAUAUUGCACAUUAAUUACAAAAAUAUAUGUAACUGGUUGUCUCGAAAUUUAGGAUAAGUAUACAUUAAAAAAAAACAACUUCUAUGCAAAAACAAAAUUAAUGCUCUUGCAAUGCCAACCAUAUAAUAUUGCACAUUAAUUACAAAAAUAUAUAACACUCUUUAUUAUUUACUUAUAAAGUAAGUAUAAAAAUAUCACAUCACAGAAAUUUACUUCUUCUUAGCAUUCCAUUCCUUAAGCAGCUUUUCUGUUAGUUGCAAGUUUUCGUCUUU